UGAUUUGUUUCCUCACGUGAAAGUUACAAAGCAAAACAACAUGGAGAGAAGGAAGCUCUUUAAGUCGAAAUUCCAUUUUAUGUUUGGAUUAUUGGUCUGUUCCAUUACUUCACAAGUGCAUUCUUUGGAUCAUGUAGAGAACUUUGAAAUAACGCAUAAUGACUUUGUAGCAGACGACGCAAGCACAUUACUUGGCCAUGAAUCGCACCUGAGAUUUCGACGAGAAGCCACAUCGACAGAUCCAAAAUGCACACAACAAGAAACAAUUUUUCUAAGUGAAUUAUUUGAUAGUACAAAAAACGUAAAUGGAACUAAGCUUGAACAAAAGUUUUCUUUUGUUAAUGAAACCAAUUUGAAAUUAGCCCUAGCAUGGGCAGGUACAAAUGAUGAUGGGGUGUUGAUAGCUGUUACAACUGAAGAUAGUUUUGUUAAUAAAGCAUCUAAUCUAUGGAGAAGUGGAAAUUUUGGUCGAAAUUGGACUAAACAGAAUGAUCUUAUACAACAUGCUGUCAUACGCCAAGAUGAUGGUGUCCAGAGAAAUCCUCAUAAUCCUAAAAAGAUCUAUCUCCUCACCUACCACAAUUAUGUUUUACUCACAGACGAUGGUGGACUAACAUGGAAAAAAAAAAUCAUUACCAUGGACGACGAAAUCCCACAGGCUCUAAUCUUUCACUCUUCAUCUGACAAAGAAGAUUACGUCAUGGCUAUUUCAGGUCAACAUAAACUUUACGUAACAACCGAUAAUUGGAAAUCACCUGUAACUGGUAAUGAUGGAGAAAACAUUCAUACUGCUGUUUGGGGAACAAAAGAAUCGAAACAGGAUGAAUUUGUAUUUUGUCUAGUUAAUAGUAAUAAAAAAAGUGAAAGUACCUCCGUGCAAGAUUUUAUUAAUAGACUAUUAACUGAUAAAUAUCAGACAGAGUAUCAGCUGUGUAAACACAAUGCCAAUUCAAAGUCAAUGAGUGUUAUUUUGCAAAAAGUUGCUUCAUUUGGAAUUCAAGGAGAAUUUCUUUAUGCAUCUGUUUUCAAGGAAGUUUUUGCCGAACAGAAUGCUCAAAAAAUUAUGAAAGUGUCCACCGAUGGUGGUGCAACAUGGAGUGAAGCUCAGUUACCUACAUUAACCGUAGACCGAUUUUAUUCAGUGUUGGAUAUGUCAGAAAAACUUAUCUUCAUGCAUGUUGAUAAUCCUGGAGAUACUGGUCAUGGUACCUUAUACACAUCUGCUGGAGAAGGAAUCAUUUAUUCUGAAUCACUUCAAAGACAUCUUUAUCCUAACUUUGGUCGUGGUGUAACAGAUUUCUAUAAAGUUGAGUCAUUACGUGGAGUGUAUCUGGCCAGUCAGAUAGAUAGUGAUGAUUCUAUACAUUCUAUGAUAACGUUUGACCGAGGUGCUAUCUGGCAACCUAUUAAAGCACCUGAAAAUGUUGAAUGUAAAGAUAAAUUGAAAGGAUGUUUUCUACAGAUUCACAAUAAAUACAGUGUAACUCGUGGUAUUCGAGCUAAGCUACCACUUAGUGUUGCUGAUGCUAAAGGUUUAAUUUUAGUUCAUGGUCAUGUUGCAGAUGCUCUUCAGACAACUGAACCAGAUGUAUUUUUAACUGCUGAUGGUGGAUAUACAUGGAGAAAGGUUUUAGAUGGUCCUCAUCAUUAUCAAGUUGCUGAUUCAGGUGGAUUGAUUGUAGCUGCAUCACUUUCUACUGCAACACCAAACAAAAUUAAAUUUUCUACUGAUGAGGGUCGUUGCUGGCAUGAGUAUCAAUUUACAGAUGAAGAAAUUAACUUGACCGGUUUAUUGACUGAACCUGGAGGAAAAUCUUUAACUGUUUCUAUUUGGGGUUAUCAUAAAAAAACAAGGAAAUGGACCAUUAACGUCAUAGAUUUUAAAGAUGUUAUUAAGAAGGAUUGUUCUUCAGAUGAUUAUGUAGAGUGGAAAGCUCAUGAAUCCAUGAGACAAAAGGAAUAUAAAGGUGUUGAUGGUUGUUUACUAGGUAAAAAAGAAACCUUCAGGAAACUAAAACCAGAUUCAUGGUGUAGAAAUAACUAUUUUUAUAAGCCAAGUACAGCCACUCAGAAAUGUAAAUGUACCCGUGAAGAUUAUGAAUGUGAUUAUGGUUUUGAACGACCAGCUGGAAGUGAUGCAUGUAAAAAGAGUCCCAAUAUAGUAAAUGAUCUUUAUAUAUGUAAACAUGGUGAUGAAGAAAAACUGAUUACUAAUGGAUAUCGGUUAAUACCAGGUGAUGUAUGCACAGGUGGAUUUAAACCUACAGAGAAACUAGUGGAUUUGAAGAAAGAUUGUGAGGAAGGAAAAAAAGUUUUAGUAGAACUGGCUGAAAAACACAAAGCUGAACCAAUUAUUGACACAAAUAAAAGUGGUGCCCAUCACGCUAUUGUUACUAUUAUUAUUGUAAUAGUAUUAGUGGUUGUUGUUACCUUAUCAUCUUAUUUCCUUUAUAAAAUGUAUCUGUUAAGAAAACAUAAAGUAGUUUAUCGUUACUCACUACUGAAUCAGAGUCAGACAGAUAAUCAGGAUUUUGAUGCUAAUUUGGAAGGUGUUUUAACAAAUACAGAUUCAUUGUAUAAUGAUACUUCAGAUGAAGAGCAAGAUACAACAAGAUCCAAUGGGAAUCCUUUUGAAGUAACUAAACCAAGAAGAUCACAGGGAGGAAUGAAUGGUAGCGCACCAGUCCAAAGUUACCAUGAUGAUUCAGAUGAUGAUUUACUGAACUAACCAGCUGUAUCACAAGUUAUCAUUCCAAACAGUUAACUAACAAUUUUUUUGUUACAACUUUCUUCAACAUGGCUGUGAUAUCCACACAGUGGUCCAUUUUUAAUUAAAUUUAUCUAGAGAUGGAGAGGUUUAUUUAAACGAGGUUAACUAGGUUUAUUUAUUUAAUGUUGAAAAAAUAAAACAUAAACAUUUAAUGUGCGACAAAAAAUGCAAAUGAGGCUGUUUUAAUUUCAUACAUAAGAAUAUGGGAUGAUAAAGAAGAACAUAAGAAAAUAUUAUUGAAAAUAUUUUGUGUUAUACCUUCGUAGUUGGUAGAAAUAAUUUAUAUGUCCUAAUGUCAUGUUAGAUAAAGUUCCAAAUCGUAUGUUACCACUGAAUCAGAACAUUUUAUUAAAAAAAUCUCUUUAUGAAAACAUUAAAUUGUUGCAGUGGAGAAAACUUGUUAAUAUAUUUUUACUUAUAUACUUGAAAUGUGUUUUGUGUAUGACUAUAAACUAGAACAUAACAGAUAUUAUAGUAGUGAGGAUUUAUAGGAUUUUUUUGCUUUUGUGAGGGGAAAGUUCCUUUUAUUUUUUUUUUUAAUUAUCGUUUUGAUUUCUAAAAUUUAUUGCUUGAAAGCUUUCUGCAGCAUUUAUUAACUUUUCGCAAUAAGACCAAUUCCAAACAAAUAUUUGUUUUGCAAACCAGUGGUUUAAAUUAAACUUCCUGGGCCCUUAUUCACGAAAACUUAAACUAAGAUACAAUCAAAAUUUUAAGAAAUACUGCAAUUCGAUUGGCUGACCAGUAAAAUCAAUUUGCAUAUAUCCAAUGAAGUUGCAGUAUUUCUUAAAAUUUCGGUUGUAACUUAGUUUAAGUUUUCUAGAAUAAGGGCCCUGCAUGAUAUAUGUAAUGAAAACUAGAGCCGUGGUGAAGAUUGACUCUCUGUACAAACCAUCUGUUUUAAAUAGUGGUCAUACUGCUCCACUCAAUAGAACCCUUUGCAACUCUUAAGUAAGAAGUCAAAUAGAGGGAGAACAAAUAUUUGGAAUUGUUCUAUGGUUAUUGUAGUUUGUGUUUAUAUGAUAAUUGAAUUAGUAUUAACUAGACCAGUGGUAUAUAUAUAAAAUAAUUAGAAAUUUUUGGUUUUGAUGAUACUAUUUAAAUGUGUAUUUAAGACUAACUGUUCACAUGAAAUUUUAUUUUUGUAUAAUCGUGCAUGAUCUCUCAUUAUUAUUAUCAUCAUUCUAUUCAAUAGUAGUAACCUUCUCUUUUUUGCAAGUAUGAGAUCAUUCAUUUAACAUUAAGUAGUAUCGACAGUGGCUAUUUGUAUGAAAAUGGGGAAUAUUGACAGGUAAUCGACAUAGAUAUAUAGAUAUAUAUAUAUAUAUAUAUAUAUAUAGUUACAUGUGAUAUAUUACAUUCAAAGUUUAAAAAGUCAGAAUAUGGGUUACUAAUUAUUUGCAGAUUAUUUUGUUUGGUGAAUGAGUUUUGGGGGUUAUGACAUAAUAUACAAGAAAAAGUCCAUUCUGAAAGAAAUUUAAUUAAUUAAAUUAAAUGGAUGUAAUUUUCAGUGGAAUAAAAAAUGUCUGAAUAUAAAGCUAGAUUUAUGCAAAUUCAAGUUUAUACAUUGUAUUUGUCCCUUAAACUAUUGAGAAAUUUUCAUUUGAUAUAUCAUAUUUUAUUCAUUGUUAUUUGAUUAAAACUGUCAUUGACUGACAGAUUGGAGAUUAAACAGUGCACUUUCCUCCAGACAGGGGGGUUGGAUGGCUGAAUGGUUAGUGUGCGCGCGCUGUAUCAUAAAGUCUGUCAUUGAGUCGACUGGCGUGGUUUCGAAUCCGCAGUUGUAUGUGGCAAGGAGUAGGGUCGCCUGUCCAACCUCGUGGGUUUUCUCCGGGUCCUCCGGUUACCUCCCACUGCUAAAGACCCCUACGCGCAAGCGAAUUAUGUAAAUAAAAUUAAACCAUAUGUUAGUCCCGAAAUGACCUAGUUUGUGUCGAGUGGACGUUAAACCCCAUUUCUCUCUCUCUCUCUUCCUCCAGACACUGAAUUAGGGACAAGCCAUUAAAAGAUAAAUGUGAUAGAACAGACUGCAUAAUGAAAAUGUCUGCAAAAUCCAAUUAUUGAUCUCUAAUGUAUUAUAUUAUUUCCAUGGAUUAACCCUAGGUUAGAAACAGUCUGGAAAUUUGAUCUUCUGAGUUACUCAUAUACAGAAUUGUUUGCAGAACUUUUUGUAGAAUACCGGGGAAAAAAAUAAAUCUUAAUAUGAAUAUUGAUCUGUUUCUGGUUGAAAUAAUAGUAGGACUAUUCUUCACUGUAAUGCAUAUAAUUGGAAUUUUUAUCAGUUAUAUAUUAUUUAAAGCGGAAAUUGCAAAUUUUUAAGUUAUAUUUUUAAAAUUUAUUAAAAUAAAGCCUGAAAAUAGAUGGUAUCCAUAAACAGUCCUACCUUGUUAAAGAUACAUUAUGGGAGAUAAGAUAACGAGAUGGCAGUUCUCGCUAUAAUAGUUAAAAACUAGAUAGUGUGAAGGUAAUUUGCUGAAAAUUUCAGUCAAAUUGAUCCACUAUGAGCCGAUAAAGAAGCGGAUGAAAUUUUGGCAUAGUCUCGGUCAUCAUUACUAAAAUCAUUAAUUUAAACAGCUUAGUCUCGAUUAUCCACUUUUGUUGAUUUAAUUAUCAACGGCCGUUAGCGGCAUAUAGGAAUCUAAUCCAGCUAACAUCGAAGGCUAGCCUUGACAUCGAGAGUUUAUUAUGGUCUGGAUAAGUUAAUUAAUGUCUAAUUGAUAAUUUAGAUAACAUUUCAGGCCUAAAGAAAGACUUGUAAUAAGCAGAUUUUGCUCUUGCAUAAUGCAUGUUUAAAGAAUAAUCCUAUAAUUCACUAUUGCCAGCUUAGAAAUUGGCAAAAAUAUCAUUUUCCUCUUCUUUUUUAAAUGUUUGAAUAUCGCUACUCCAUGGUGGAGAAUAGAAAACAAGGGAGGUAAUUGUGUUAUUAUUUCCUGUCUAAAUGAAUCUUAAGUGUGAGAAUGACACCUAUGAUCGUAUAAUUGUGAGUUGACAACCUAUUGAGCAAAAGAAAUAGAAAUAAUUACGUUUUGACUUUCUUAGAAAAUUUGCAAUUUCCGCUUUAAGCUUGCGUCCAUCAGUCAGUCCAAAUUCUGGUCAAAGUUUUUAAGAUUUUCAAUUUUAAUUUUAGUUUAGUUAUUCAGUCCUAAAAGGGAAGUCUACUAAAGUUUUUCAGAGUUUCUGCCGUUGCCACUCCUACAAGUCAAUAGGAAUUGCAUUAUUAUUAAGAGUUGGCCAACAAUUUUAUCGUUAUUGCCCUGAUAGCCAACCUUCAAAAUGCUUCUGGUGGGCAUACAUGUAUAUUUAUUGCCUGGUAAUAUUUUGCUAUUAAUUAGAUCUAACACUUAUUUUCAAAAGGAAACUGGAUUAUUUCAUGUAUGUUUCACAUUCAUCAAAUUUAUAUAUUCCCUUACCCUUGAUAGGUUAAAUGUUACACAAAAUAGAUGAUAACCUUGUGAUGAAUACACUGGGACUUCACAAUAUAAAGCUCCCAAAACCGUUCAUAUGAGGAACAUUGAGGGCAAAUAGCGGACCGUAACCUCCGCCUACAUUGUGAAGCCCCAGUGUACAUAGAACAAACUGAGUGUAGUUAUGUUAAUAAACAAAAUUACAAUGAAAAUAAGAUACUUAUAUUUAUCAGUGAACCUAUAAAUAAACAUGACAUGUUUACAUUCAUUUACUAAUUAUAUUCAUUUCAAUAUUGAUCACUAUUUAGAUAUGUAAAUAUUAUAUACUGUGAAAUGUGUAAAUUUGAUUUGUUAAUUUUAAUGUACCAUUAUGUUUGUGAAUAACAGUGUUGGGAUAUAGGUCCUUCUUCACUAAUGUUAGAUUUUCCUUUUACUAAGAUGUAAGUGUUCUUUCAUAAAUAUAUAAACUAUUAAAAAAUAUGAAAAAAGAA